AAUAUCUACUCUCGGUACACACUACAUGUUAAAACCUGUUAAAAGGGUGUGAAAGAACAACUGGGGGCGACGGGCGGUAGUGUCAUUUUCAGUGACAGUGCCUAUAUGGACAUACAUAAGUGUAAAAUAGUUUGAAAAGUCUAUCCAAACUGACAUGACUGUUUACAGCUUCAAAAGAACAGGAAUUUUGAAACCUUUAAAAAACUGCUUUCUUUAUAAUUUCAAGUGUUUUAUAUGCAAAAUACUUCCAAAGUAUACAUUUAAAUCUAUGUUAAUAUUAGACAAUUGUUUGCUAGACAAUUGUUUGAAGAAGUUGAAGACCGAAUAUAAGAGACAAUUGCUAACCAGCUUUCUUAUGUGACAUGCAAGACAGAAAAAAUCUGUUAUAAGACUUGUUAAGUAGAUAAUUAGGUAAUUGAGAUACCCUGACUGCUAAACAAACAUCAGUACAUCUGGAAGUGGAGGUCAGUAUCACUGUAAGAUAAUCACAAUGGCUUUGUUCUACCAUGCAAUCUUCUUGAUCGUUCUCGUUUCUGCUACCGCGGGAAAAUUUUCAAAACAUACUAAGAAAGUGUCUCAUGGACAAGGCGUGGAGCACCAGACGAAACAUGUAGCUCCAACUAAAGAAGACGAACCGGAUGAUGAUGUGUUCGAUUAUAAAAAUGACGACAAAACCACGACGAAUAUAUCUACGAAUAGCACUCGAACGAAAGUGAUCAUUGACUGUGACGUGGGUGUAGACGAUGCGCAAGCGAUCAUGAUUGCACUUUCCCAGGAUAGUAUCGAGAUCCUUGCGAUAACCACGGUCACAGGCAACCAGAACACCGAGCAAGCUACCAACAAUACCCUCAAAGUGCUGGACUAUUGCGGAGAGCGAAAUAUUCCUGUCUACAAAGGGAUUACAGAGGGGCUAACGGGUGAUUUUGUGGAGCUGUCGGCGUAUCACGGGCAAGAUGGACUGGGAGAUGCGCAAGGGUUGAGGGAGCCCGAUCGAACUCCCCUGAAGGACAAACACGCUGUGCUUGCCAUGAUCGAUCUCGUGAAGGCCAACCCAGGAGAGAUAAGCAUACUCGCACUGGCCCCCCUCACUAACCUCGCCAUAGCGGGACGGCUGGAUCCCACUUUUCUGACGAACGUCAAGGCUGUCCACAUGAUGGGCGGUAACAAACACGCGGUCGGCAACCAUCUCGUCACCGCUGAGUUCAACUUUGGCGCCGACCCGGAAGCCGCACACAUCGUACUCAAUGAAUUCAAGUGCAACAUGAGUUUGAUCACGUGGGAGUUUACCUUGGAGAACCCCAUGACAUGGGCGUGGUUCGAUGAGUACGCGGCGGUAAACACGACCAAGGGGCGCUUCAUCUAUAACAUCACCCGACAUCUGAAGACUUUUGAGAAUGGCGGCCCUUACAUCACGUGUGAUCCCUUCACAGUCGCGGUUGCCGCUCGCCCGGAUAUCAUCACUAAGUCCAAGAUGGUGUACCUGACGGUCGAACUGGACGGUAGGAUCACCAGGGGGCAGGUCGUGGUGGACUGGAGAGGAGUGAUGGGUAAGCCGCCUAAUGUGCUUCUCAUCGAGAACGUCGACAUGAGCAAGUUCAAAAGGAUGAUGCUGGAUUCCGUAGACGCCCCACGCACUAUUGGCGGCUCAAGGAGAUCGAAUUAUUAUUAAAUCAACGCAUAACAUAGCGCAAAGCCGUAGUAGAUGUAGGAUAGCGUAAAAGGAGAUUUAAUUAUUGUUAUGCAAAAAGAAAAUAUUUUGUUUAAGAAAUAAAAAUAAAUUAAAAGCAAA